AUGUUCUUGUUUACAGAUCACACCAUCCAGUCUGUUUUCUGCUGCUGCUGCUGCUCAGUGCAAGAAAGAGAAAUGAGAACAAAAGUGAACCUGGACCCUGACGCUGUCCUGGCAACCCAGUACUCUGCCUCACAACCAGACGUUUCCUAUGAAUCUAUUUGGAAGUGUGAGCAGCGCAGGAGACAAUUGCAGUUUAAGGACAAGCCAUUGCCUCCUCUGCCUCCUGAGGCCUUCGAAGACUGCACAAACAAACCCAGAGUUAUUGCGCUCUGUGACUUCUUUGCUAGAGGGCCUUUAGAUUUACCUCUCAAGAAAUCAGAAGAAUACAUUAUCCUUGAAAAGUAUGAUCCGCUCUGGUGGAGGGCAAGAGACCGACAUGGGAAUGAAGGUCUAAUUCCCAGAAACUAUGUUACUGAGAACAAGAAAAGCAAUUUAGAAACAUACAAGUGGUACUGCAGAAACAUAAACAGAAGCCAGGCAGAACUUCUUUUGCGCCAGAAGCCCAAAGAAGGUGCAUUUGUUGUCAGAGAUUCAAGCCGACAGGGUCUUCUUACACUGUCCAUGUAUUCACGGGCUAAGGGAAGUCAUAAUGGAGAUAUUCUACAUUAUCACAUUAAACAAAAUCACUUGGGACUAUAUUAUGUAGCAGAAAAUUAUCUCUUUUCAUCCGUUCCUGAACUCAUCGAGUAUCAUCAACACAAUGCUGCAGGUCUUAUCACACGUCUCCGACAUCCAGUCGGAUCAGAUGGAUGUACUUCACCAGAAACCGCAGGAUUGAGUUACGGGGAGUGGGGAUUAAACCCAUCUGAACUGUUGUUACUGAAGGAACUUGGGCGUGGGCAGUUUGGAGUUGUUUAUCUUGGUAAAUGGAAAGAGACUAUCAAGGUUGCCAUCAAAACAAUCAAUGAAGGUGCAAUGUCUGAAGAUGAUUUCAUAGAGGAGGCCAAACUGAUGAUGAAACUUUCCCACCCAAAGCUGGUCCAGCUUUAUGGAGUGUGCACACAUCACAAACCUCUCUAUGUUGUGACUGAAUUCAUGGAAAAUGGUUGCCUGCUCAAUUACCUUCGGCAAAGGCGGGGAAAACUCAGCAGAGAUGUUCUCUUGAGCAUGUGCCAGGAUGUUUGUGAAGGGAUGGAAUAUCUGGAAAGAAAUGGCUUUAUUCACCGUGAUUUGGCUGCAAGAAACUGUUUGGUCGAUGUGGAACAUGUUGUUAAAGUAUCUGACUUUGGCAUGGCAAGGUAUGUGAUUGAUGAUGAAUAUAUCAGCUCUUCAGGUGCCAAGUUUCCAGUCAAAUGGUCAUCUCCUGAAGUCUUUCAUUUCAAAAAAUAUAGCAGCAAAUCAGAUGUCUGGUCAUUUGGUGUACUGAUGUGGGAAGUUUUCACGGGAGGCAAAAUGCCUUUUGAAACCAAGUCAAAUGCUGAAGUUGUCCGUGAGAUUUCUCAGGGUAACCGACUUUAUCGACCACAUUUGGCAUCACUUCCUGUGUACAAAGUCAUGUACAGCUGCUGGCAUGAGAAACCUGAAGGACGUCCUACUUUUGCAGAGUUAACAGUGACCCUCACAGAUCUAACAGAGAUGACAUAA